AUUUUGGCUACGUACCGGCAACCGGUCUCCAACUUCCGGCGUCAGUAAAAUUAAAAGCCUAUUUCUUCUCCGGUUAAAAAUCAUGCCGUUGCCGCUAUUUCAGUAAAUAAAUAAUGUCCGUCGUCGUAUUAUAAUUAGGGCGUCACAUGUAACACUCGCCUCGUGACUGGACGUCAUUUCUCGACUCCUCGUCGGCGUUACGUUACGAGGCUGUUUCUGCUGAGCAAACGCAAAGAUGGCGGAAGAAGAGAAGAGUGGCGAGCCUGUGAAAGAGAACAGCGAGCUGCAAGUUAUGAAGGACCUCGUGGAUGAACUGUAUAACUUCAGAGAUUGCUAUUUUGAGGCUCACAGUGUGGAGGAAGCCGGGAGUAAACAAAGCGAUGUCGCGCAGGAGAUCCAAAAGACCCUGAAGAAGCUGGAGGAGAAAGAAGAUCAUUUUAAACACAAAGCAGAGUUUCUGCUGCAGAAGGGCAGGUGUCUGAAUGUAGCUCCAGACUUCAGUCAUGUUGCGGAAGAGUGCCUUUCCAAGGCUGUGAAGCUGGAGCCUGGCCUGGUUGAAGGUUGGAACACAUUGGGGGAGCAGUACUGGAAAAAAGGCGACCUGAUGGGUGCCAAGAACUGCUUCACCGGAGCCUUGCAACAGAGCAAAAACAAGGUGUCUCUACGCAACCUGUCCAUGGUGCUGAGGCAGUCUCCGGCGGCAGACAGCGACAAACAUGGCAAGCAGGUGAUGGACAGUGUGGACAUGGCCCGACAGGCUGUCCAGCUGGAUGUCACAGACGGGACGUCCUGGUACAUCCUGGGAAAUGCCUAUGUGUCCCUGUUCUUCACCUGCGGACAGAAUCCCCAGUUGUCUCAACAAGCUCUUAGCGCCUACACUCAAUCUGAGAAAGUAGACAGAGCGGCCUCUUCUUACCCGGAGCUGCAUUUCAACCGCGCCACACUGUUCCAGUACGAGGAGAUGUUCGGGUCUGCGCUCGGCGGCUACAGCCGAGCCGCAGCGCUCGACCCGGGCUGGGAGGAGCCUCCAGAGAGGGAGAAGCAGCUGCUUGUGUAUCUGGGGAAAGUCACAGAACACGUACAGAGCAAGGGGAAGGUGAAGGCGCGCAGGUUAAGGACGAUGCUCUCUAACCUCAACACGUCGGCGUUGGGUCCCUGCUCCUCCCCUCAGUUUCGUUCCCAGACGGGCCGCGUCGGCAGCCUGGAGCCUCGAACCCUUUCCUCCCUCACGCACGGUCACAACGCUGGGAUGGCCGCCCUUGGCAAGGUGGUGUUCAGCCUGGCCUCAGAGGGUCGCAUGGCCUUUACAUUUGGCAUGGUUGACAGCGAGGAGUCGUGUAUAGUGGUGAUGGUGUACAACACAGCGAACAGCUGGGGCGUCCUGAUAGGAGACACUGUCGUCAUUCCUGAACCUCAGGUCAAACGGAACAGUAUAACUCAUAAAGACGAGUCCUUUGACUUCAGGAGCAUACGAGUGGACUCCCCUCUGCUGCUCAUCGUCAACGGCAAGAAACAAAAUGUCCAAAGUCAGAUCGCUGCCUCCGUGAGCUACAAGCCGCAGAGCGAAUGAGCUGAACAAGCAACAGGAAGUUCAGCAAGAGGACCAAUGUUUUUGAGUUUGGAUAAGUGUGUGCCUGUUUCAUGUGUUGUUUUGUAAAUAGAGGUUUAUGUUACGUUGUCUUUUAGAUAGACAUUUUGUUUAUAUUUAUAAAUAUUUCUUUUUUUAUAUUCUGUUGUAUGCAGACAACACUGUUCUUUUUUGUAAAUGGAUGAGGAUAAUUGUCAAAAUUGUGAUUUUAAGUUUACCCUGAACAAAAAUCAUUUUAAUCUGAAA